CCUCUUGUCUUUUUUUUUUCUUCCCUCCUCAGUGCCCAACCCAAGUUCAAAGGCUGAUGAGAGAAAAAUUCAAGAGGAGAUUUUACUCUAGGGAAAGUUGUUCAGUGGAUGGGAUCUUGGCGCACAAGGAAAGAUGUCAGGCUCCUUCUGGCUCCUUCUCAGCCUUGUUGCUGUAACUGCUGCUCAGCUCACCAUUGAGGAACAGGCCAAGACAUUUCUGGACAAGUUUAAUCAGGAAGCCGAAGACCUGUCUUAUCAAAAUUCACUUGCUUCUUGGAAUUAUAACACCAAUAUUACUGAGGAGAAUGUCCAAAAGAUGAAUGAGGCUGGGGCCAUUUGGUCUGUCUUUUAUGAAGAACAGUCAAAGCUUGCCAAAGCUUAUCCACUACAAGAAAUUCAGAAUCUCACAGUCAAGCGUCAGCUACAGGUUCUUCAGCAAAGUUGGUCUUCAGCGCUUUCUGCAGACAAGAACAAACAGCUGAACACAAUUCUAAAUAUGAUGAGCACCAUCUAUAGUACUGGAAAAGUUUGUAACCCAAAUAAACCACAGGAAUGCUUACUGCUUGAACCAGGUUUGGAUGACAUAAUGGCGAAGAGCACAGACUACAGUGAGAGGCUCUGGGUAUGGGAAGGCUGGAGGUCUGAGGUCGGCAAGCAGCUGAGGCCACUAUACGAACAGUAUGUGGCCCUGAAAAACGAGAUGGCAAGAGCAAACAAUUAUGAGGACUAUGGGGAUUACUGGAGAAGCGAUUAUGAAGCAGAGGGAGCAGAUGGCUACGACUAUAGCCGCAACCAGUUGAUUGAAGAUGUGGAACGUACCUUCGCUGAGAUUAAACCAUUAUAUGAACAACUCCAUGCCUAUGUGAGAACAAAGUUGAUGAAUGACUACCCUUCCCGACUCAGUCCAAUUGGAUGCCUCCCUGCUCAUUUGCUUGGUGAUAUGUGGGGCAGAUUUUGGACGAAUCUAUACCCCUUGACAGUUCCCUUUGGACAGAAACCAAACAUAGAUGUUACUGAAGCGAUGGUGAACCAGUUCUGGGAUGCAGAGAAGAUAUUCAAGGAAGCUGAGCAGUUCUUUGUGUCCGUUGGCCUUCCUCAUAUGACUCAAGGAUUCUGGCAAAACUCCAUGCUAACUGAGCCAGGAGAUGGCCGCAAAGUGGUCUGCCAUCCCACAGCUUGGGACCUGGGGAAGAAUGACUUCAGAAUCAAGAUGUGCACAAAGGUGACCAUGGACCAUUUCUUGACAGCUCACCACGAGAUGGGACAUAUCCAAUACGACAUGGCAUAUUCCACACAACCUUUCCUGCUAAGAAAUGGAGCCAAUGAAGGUUUCCAUGAAGCUGUUGGGGAAAUCAUGUCACUUUCUGCAGCUACCCCUAAACAUCUGAAGUCCAUUGGACUUCUGCCACCGAAUUUUCAUGAAGACAAUGAAACAGAAAUAAACUUCCUACUCAAACAAGCACUCACGAUUGUUGGAACUCUGCCCUUCACUUACAUGUUAGAGAAGUGGAGGUGGAUGGUCUUCAGGGGUGAAAUUCCCAAAGAUCAGUGGAUGAAAAAAUGGUGGGAGAUGAAACGAGAGAUAGUUGGUGUGGUGGAGCCGAUGCCUCACGAUGAGACAUACUGUGAUCCCGCAUCUCUGUUCCAUGUUUCUAAUGAUUACUCAUUCAUCCGGUAUUACACAAGGACCAUCUACCAAUUCCAGUUUCAGGAAGCCCUUUGUCAAGCAGCUAAGCAUGUAGGCCCCCUGCACAAAUGUGAUAUCUCAAAUUCCACUGAAGCUGGGCAGAAGUUGCUCAAUAUGCUGAGACUUGGAAAAUCAGAACCCUGGACCUUAGCAUUGGAAAAUGUUGUAGGAGCAAAGAAUAUGGAUGUAAGACCACUGCUUAACUACUUUGAGCCCUUGUUUACCUGGCUGAAAGACCAGAAUAAAAAUUCUUUUGUGGGGUGGAGCACCGAGUGGAGUCCAUAUUCUCAAGAAAGCAUCAAGGUGAGGAUAAGCCUAAAAUCAGCUCUUGGAGUUAAUGCAUACCAAUGGAAUUCUAAUGAAAUGUACCUGUUCCAGUCAUCGGUUGCGUAUGCCAUGAGACAGUAUUUUUUAAAAGUAAAAAACAAGACAGUUCCUUUUAGGGAGGAGGAUGUACGGGUGAGUGACGAGACACCAAGAAUCUCUUUCAUCUUCAUUGUCACUGCACCGAAUAAUAUAACUGACAUCAUUCCUAGGAGUGAAGUUGAGUAUGCUAUCAGGAUGUCCCGGGGUCGUAUUAAUGACAUCUUUAGCCUGGAUGAUAACAGUCUGGAGUUUCUGGGGAUUCAGCCAACACUUGGACCUCCUUACCAACCGCCUGUCACCAUAUGGCUGAUUGUUUUUGGAGUUGUCAUGGGAUUGGUAUUGGUUGGCAUUGUCAUCCUAAUCUUCACUGGGAUCAGAGAUCGGAGGAAGAAAAAUAAAACAAAAGGAGAAGAAAACCCUUACUCUUCUGUGGACAUUGGUAAAGGAGAAAAUAAUACAGGAUUCCAAAACAGUGAGGAUAUUCAGACUUCAUUUUAGAAAAAAUCCAUCUUUUUCCUCCUGAGGUGGAAGACUGAAACAGAAACUGUAGCUGUCAAAUGAGCCAGAAGCCCCCGGGCCCCAAACUCAAGAAUUUAAAUGAUUGGAAAGAAACACUGUCUUCAAUCCUAAAAAUAAGACCGUGGUUUCACUGAGUUGUGACUGAUAAUGAUUAAGGUGAGGGUUAAGGAAAAAGGCAUCAAAAUUGUAUGUUAGCAUUUUUUGGGUAAUAAACCCAUCAGAUCUUUUAUUAUUAUAAUAAUUAUUAACACGUAUUGAUUGUUUAAAUUCAUAGGUUCCACUACUUAUCAGACCUUAACCAUGGCUAUGUUACUUACACCUGUGUCAUCACAAAUGCUUUUAUUUUACGCUGAUAUUCCUCUUACAGUGCUUGUGUUGAGCUAUAUAGGCCAGAGUACUUUGUAUUCAACAAAAAGGGACUGUUUCAGUCUCAUGCAGGUACCUGGGAACAUAGACAUCUGAGAAAAUGAUUAAAUAACUUAAGACUGUCCAACUUUACCAAAU